AUGCACCGCGUGGUAAUCGAUGUGGCUGCCAAGAAAGUGAAGAUUGAAGAAGUUGAAGGCGCCCGGGAGCACUGCACCGAGUUCCCCCGGAUCCGCGACGACCGGGUGGGGAAGAAGGUGAGAUAUGGCUAUUCCGGGAUGCAGGUGGCCGAAGGCGACUUCGACUUCCGUGGUCUCCUCAAAUGGGACUUCGUGGAGCGGAAGCUCUGCGGCGUCAUCAACUAUCCGCAGGGUGUGGUGGGUGGAGAGCCCGUCUUCUUGCCCAAAGCCUCUGGCCAGGACGAUGAGGGCUAUAUUGCCCUGCUCCUUUGGAAUGAGAAGACCUCCGAAUCCACCUUUGCGGUCUACGACGGGCAGAGCUUCAGCGCUGUGCCGUUGUGCGAGUGGACGGUGCAUCGCCGAGUGCCCUUGGGCUUCCAUGCCGCGUGGAUCACCGAAGCACAGUGCCGCGGCAGACCAGCAGACCGUCCGAUCCGAUCCGGGAUCACCGGCGGUGCCCAAUGGGCAAUCGGUGGAUUUGUGUUGGGAGCCUGUUGCUUUCGGCGGUUUGAAGAGAGAAGCCGUUUGAAAAAGGAUCCUGGAUCCACUUGGCGGAUUUGGGGAGUGCCCCCGGACACAAGAACGAGUUCGUUCUUCAACCAGUCUGUUCCAUGGAUCGGGAGUCGUCUCACCUUCCAGGACUCUCAGGAGACGGAGACCGGACCACAGGUGGUGAACCUGCACGGACGAACGGAAAACCAGAGGGUCCUGGUGAUGAUCAUGUCUUUUUGGAAAAAGGCGUUGCCCACUCCCCGAGGUUCCAGCAGCAGUGCCUUCGGCAGAACCUGGUUCCGGGCGGGGGAAUGGAGACGUGUUGAACUUGCAUGCUCAGGUGUUACGCCGAAGAAGAGAAGUAAACCAUAA